AUGGUAUAUACCUCGAAUGCCAUUAACUUUGAUGAAGGGGACACCAUUGAAGAUGGAAGGCAUAUUCAUCCCCUCUUUUCUUUUAACGCUGGGACAAAGUCUUCCAAUUCUUCUAUCCUUCCUUGCUUAGUCAGGUAUGCAGGUAGAGGGUCAUCACCGAAAGAGCCAAAUAGGCCGGCCUCUCUUAGUCAAGACUUUCUUAGUUCAAGGACAUUGUUGCUCUUCGCUUUGAAUCCCAUUGAUUCAGAGUGGGAGGAGGAUGUUGAAUAA